GCGGGGGCGGUUGGCCCUCGGCGUUAGCGAAGGGUGUCACCGUGCCUCGGGAAAUAACCCCAAUGCCGCUGGUGUCGGGUACACUCGGGUGUGCGUCGCCUCCCUGUUCCCCGAGAUGUAAAAGGGGCGCAAAAAGUUUGCGCGCUGUCGUUCGCGAAGAGCGCUGGAGGGAGCCUGGAGAAACCUUCAGUAGGGCUGCUAACACUGAUGAGAGAUCUUUUAUGCCAAGAUCGUCGCUCUCUGAACAGACCACACCAUGCACUGUGCAGUUUGUUCAGGGAAUUUUUGUUGAAAAAUAUGACCCAACAAUAGAAGAUUCAUACAGAAAGCAAGUGGAAGUAGACUGUCAACAGUGUAUGCUUGAAAUCCUCGACACAGCAGGGACAGAGCAAUUUACAGCAAUGAGGGAUCUCUAUAUGAAGAAUGGUCAAGGGUUUGCACUAGUAUAUUCUAUAACAGCACAGUCCACAUUUAAUGACCUACAGGACCUGCGGGAACAGAUUUUACGGGUUAAGGACACUGAAGAUGUUCCAAUGAUUCUGGUUGGCAAUAAAUGUGACCUGGAGGAAGAGCGUGUAGUCGGCAAAGAACAGGGUCAAAACUUAGCAAGACAGUGGUGUAACUGUGCCUUUCUAGAAUCAUCUGCAAAGUCUAAAAUCAACGUUAAUGAGAUCUUUUAUGACCUGGUCAGACAGAUAAAUAGAAAAACACCAGUGGAAAAGAAGAAGCCUAAAAAGAAAUCAUGUCUGCUGCUUUAGACUCCUGUCAUGCAGCAGCUCUGAGCCAGAUUGCAGGAAUGAAGAACUGUUGCCUAAAUGGAAAGUGCCAGCAUUCCCCAACUUCAAAACCUUAUGGAAACGAAUAACAUAUCUGAAGAAGCUUCUCCUGUUUUUUUCUAUACUACAAGAGAAGAGCUGAGACCUGACAAUGGUUUGCACACAGUCCCUGGGAAAAAAAAGGAAUUGCUCUGUGUAUAUCUCUUGGAAAUUAAAGACAAUAGUACUCCUCCUUUGCAAUAGCAGUUAACAGACAUGAAAAUAAACAUAAUUGACUCUAGUGUAUGAUUCCACAAAGGAGCAUGGAUGCAUUGCAAAUGUUAGAUAUUGCUACUACAAUUACAAUGUCAUAUUGACCCCCUGAGCAUAAUUUCUCCCCGUUGAGCACUAAAACAAAACCCCAUUUCCACCGUUGUAUUUUGUAUCUGUAACUAUAGAUCUCUGUUACCUGAAAACUCCCUUUGAACUCACUGCAGCAAAGUAACUUUUUGGAGUCCUUGACUUCAUUUUAUAUUUAAAGGUUUCAGAAUAUCAUCCUUUUCAUUCUGCCAUUGUAAUCUAAUGAAAACUGUGCAUAAUGCUUUGGAAAAGAGAAGAAAUGGGUCUUUUAUAGGAAAAAAAAACAACCCCAACCUGGGAGAACUGAUUUCUAUGGCUUUAAAAGCAAAAAAAUAUAUAAUAUACUAAAACCAACUCUAAUAUUUGCUUCUUGUGUUUUACUGUCACAGAUUAAAUUACAGCUUUUAUGAAUGAUUAAAUUUUAGUACAUUUUCA